GAGGCCAGAGAACACCUUGCUUGAGUGACACACAUCGCUAGCGCUCUAGAGAGAGCGGGGUGCGUAUGCGGUGUUGCUUGCAAGUCCACCCUAUUCUGUUAUACUGAGGAACGAGAAGCUGCUGUGCUAACCAUGUCGGCGGCGCAACUGAAGCAGGUCUCGAGCGGCAGGGAUUUGGGAGAGAUGGAGGAGCUCAAGAAACUCAUUCUAAGCGAAAAGGCCCGCACGAAGCACAGCGAUGGUGGAGGAGGCGGCGCGGGCGAGAGACGCGUAGACGGAGGCGACGUUUCCGACGACGACGAGGGGGAGGGAGACACGAGGGACAGGGGCGGCGGGGACCGUGGAGGCGGGGGUCGAGCCGGCAGCGGCGGGGCGAAGGAGAAGAAGCAGAAGGGAACAUGGCGGCGAGGCAAGCUGAUCGUGGCCAGCGGCGUCAACGACCCAAACAAGUACCGCGAUCGCGCCGACGAGCGGCGCAAGGGGCAGAACCCGGACUACGCCGACAAGCUGAACCAGAUGGCCUCCAUGGACGCCGAGACCACCAAGUACCUAGGUGGUGACGUGGAGCACACUCACUUGGUGAAAGGGCUGGACUACGCCCUGCUGGUCAAGAUCAGGGAGGAGGAGCGCCAGCAGCAGAUAGAGGUACUGGAAGGGGAUGGCGGUGACGAUCGAAGCGGAGACCGGAGGGGAGGGCGGGCGGAGGUUCGCGCCCGAACACUCAUGGGCAAGACGGUACUCGCGGUGCUGAGGAAGCUCAGCCUUAGCCAGGGGGGCGGAGGACCCGACUUUAGGCGCGUGGGUUACGAAUUCGAGCUGGAUCCAGAGAGUACCCAGGAAAUCCCGACAGCAGUGGCGCACAGUCUAGGGGACGACGGGGAGGAGGAGGAGGAAGAGGACCGGGAACGGCACACUAACUACCUCAUGGAGGAGGACCUCCUCGAACGCGUGGAGUCGGCCUUUACUCUGUUCCGGCAGCAUGGUGGCAAGGCUCGACGCCAGCGCAAGCGCGCUCGCGACAAGGCUGGCGGUGUUGGUGGCAAGGAGGAAGAGGCGAUCGUCGCGGCGCUUGCCAAGACGGGCGGAGGAGACGGGGGGGCGGGAGACAUGGAGGACCGCGAUGCUGCGGUGCUACCGCCCGCACGGCGAGCCAAAGUUUCCAUCAACAUCUUUGAGGAUGUUGACGACCGGUACGUACCACCCGGAUCGGCCGGGUCUGCUUCUCAACCGCCCGUGGGAGCGGCAGGAGCGGCGAAGGGGUACUUCUCGGGGCUGCGGGCUAAGAACGCGGGGGACAGCGAUAACAAGGCCGACGUCUUGCCGACGAGAGCGGAGAUGAGCGCAACCGUCAAGGCGGCCGCACGCGCCGCGGCCGCAAGGGUGUCCGGCGACAAGAAGACCUCGUCGGAGGCAGGUGCAAGAGAGACGGGCAAGUCCGGCGGAAGGGACAAGAUCGAGCGCGAUAUCUUCGCGGCGAGGCCGAGCCGCGGGCAGGCCCUCGGCGUCUCGGCGGGCGGUUACGACGUGUACCCAGAAACCGGGGACUUCGAGACGUACGAUAGCGACGAGGAUGCUACCAACAAGAAAGACGCCAAGCCUGGCCCCGAGGGGAGCGGCGGCGGGGCUGGCGCAAGUGGCAGGCGUGGCGGGGAUGGCAACCACGACAAGCACCCCGCGUACGACAAGCCAAAGGCCUCCUUCCCUUUCGGAGUGAAGAGGUCCGAACUGAGCGUGCGGAAGGGGGGGGGCGGGAGCAAAUCGAGCGGCAGCAAGCACCGUGUGGACAACGAGUUGAACAUCAUCAAGAAGUACAUGAAGGGGGAUAAGUAGGGUAGCGGCAGUCGGCGAUGUUCCCAGCUCCAAACAGGCUCUGUGUGGAUUUUGAGUGGUUUCGUCGCGGUAUGUAGCAUUCCCCGCGGCUAUCGUGUGAGAUAUGACAGCCGCGUGGUGUAGGGCAGGGAAGCGCUAGAUACAACGCCAGCAUAUUUUUCGGGGCCUCACGCCAAUCGCCUCAUUCGACGUCGUACAGCAGUAUCACCGUAUGGGAACUUACCCAUGUUCAUCACGUCUAUAUAUGCAUAUCAUCGGCAUGCUUUGCAAUAUUACGGGGUAGGGUGAAGUAUGCCACUGCAACAUUUUGUAUAUCUCGUGCUUCGAGGCUGCAAAUACCUACCGGUAGCAGUUUGGCAUGUUGCAGAUAUGGCUGGCGAUGCGAUGCAAUUUGGUGUGAGUCACUGGUUGGUUUCGCGGCGAUGUAUCGCAAAGUACGUGCGAUUUGCUUACGCAAGGGACACAUAAUUUUCUAGCCGCGUUUCCUCACUACGAACGGAUUUAGGUUGCGCCCGAUGUCUCUGGGCGACUAUUACCGCAUCCUGCCCCCGAGCGGUGCAUGUACCUGUUGCUUUACGUGCGAGAAGUUGGCCGAUUUUCGUGAUAGGCACAGGCGUCAAUGUUGGGUUCUUUUCAUGCCCAGCCGUUUACGUUCGGAUGCCGUUCGGUCACCAAUCUCGCAUACCGGUUACCCAAGCCGUGUCUAGAUUCCCAUCUUUGCUGAGUGAUGGUAUUGCUUUGAUUCUGUA